AGGCUGGUUCCACUCCAACGGCGGAGCGUGCAGAUGAACGGAGGCGGUGCGGCGACUCUUUCGGCGCAAGAAGCACGUGACCUGAGGGGGGUUCAGUUCCUGCAGAGUAGCCGAUCCUGGUCUUGCAGCAUGGAGCAAGCGUUGCAGAGCGAGAAACUGAGCCACUGAAGAAAGCUCAAGCAUCACUUCCCUGCGUUGUGCAAUACUGUCAAGAGCUUUGAGAAUAAAGGCAAAAGAGAAGAAUUCUUCAGAAAAUAGCUCACAUCUCCCUUCAGCAGUAUCUCACUCCUCCACUUAAUCCUCACAAACAGCCUAUGAGAUUUCCCAAAGCCACUUUGACACAGCCAUGGACCUCAAGCGAAUGAAGGAUUACAUCUACUGGCUGUAUUACCAGUAUCUCCUGAUCUCCUGCAGCUAUGUCCUGGAGCCCUGGGAACGAUCUAUGUUCAACACCAUCACAAUUACAGUGGUCGCUAUGGUGGUGUACACUGCUUACAUCUUUGUCCCCGUUCACGUCCGUCUCGCUUUUGAGUUUUUCUCAGAGAUGUUUGGAAGCCAUCCUGAAAGUACUGUUUCACUCAUGAACUGAAUCUGUCGGCACCAAAAGCAACAUUUGCAUCUUGCAAAAAAUAGUAUUUUUUAUCUUUGUUUCCUUUAUGUGUGGAAAGCCUUCUGAAAGAGGGACAUGUUUUGUAUGCCCAGAAAUGCCACUUCCACGAAUGCACCUCCACUAUUUUUGCCAGCCUAAGAGUUGACCAUGGCACCUUCUAUCUUGAAAAAAUAACACAACACUUCUGGACUGGGUUGCUUUGCUAAAUCCAUAGGGAUUGCAUUUACAUAUGACAGGUUUCCAAAUGAAUGCCUUGAAAAUCUAUUUCCUGUAUCCCAUUUCUUUAUCUUUAGGCUUGCAUGUCUUUUACUCCAUCAUUUUGCACCCUUCUUUUGUCAGGCAAUCUUAAUAUUAAACCAUUGAAAUUAAUUGGCUGUAAAGGAUAAAACUCUCCUUGGCACGGUUAAUGAGUAUGUUCACUUUCCGUAGCAUCCAAAUCUUUGAACGCAUUUGUGAAGGCGUAAAUGGAACCCAGUCGUCAUUAGUGUGUUUUUAAGCUUUCCUUAUAAAGAGGAUGUUUUGUUCUUUUUUAAACUUUUUACAUUUUUCCCCAAAUAGAAACUAAUAAAAAAUAUAACAAAUUUAAUAACAAUGGUGCAAGGCUGCAGAUAAGCAUCUCUAAAAGGUUUCCAAAUAUAUAAAAAUAUGUCGAUGUGUGAUUGUUCUUAAUGUGCCAUAUGUUGAUAUGUUGAAAAGGUCAGGUUUGCAGUCCACUGAAUUACUGGAGAUGGGCAGUAAUCUUGCCAAUGUUUUAAUAUAAGCUUAACAAAAAUGAAACAUGGAGGGUAUUUCUGUUGACCAUCAGCUAGUGUCCUGGAGAUAGGCAAAUAAUUUUAAAAUACAUAAUCAUCUUCAAAAAUCAAUGAAUAUUUAAUACAAAAUUCAUAUGAGCAAUUACUUCUUCUACAACAGAUCAAAUAACUGAAUUGACCCAAAGCAUAAUUUUAAGAAAUGUAUCUUGUAAGUUAGAACACCAGCAACUGAACAUGUUACUUAGCCCUUUACUUAGAAAGUACUGUGGUAUCCAGUAUAUUCUAAUAUUUGUUUCCUGAAUAACUUGCAACUGAACAUCCAUAGGACCAAAAUUUAAAGCAAUAUCCCUUUCUUUGGCAAAAAUGGGGUGAUUUAGUUCCUUAUUCAUAGUUUCAUUUCUGAGACUUUGCUUUGUUCUUGUGAUUUUUUUUCUCAUUUCGUAUUGUAUGGCUAUAUCUUCUUGGAUACCCUAGAUGUAAAGGGAUGUGUUUAAGUAUGUUUGCAGGUAGGAACUGAGAAUAUAUGAUGCUAGCAAGACCCUGGAUUCAGACCAGAGGUAGGAUGCAGCCUAUUCGCACCUAUUUGAUAGAACCGGUUACUAAAAUUUUCUCAGUUCGGAGAACCGGUUAUUAAUUAUUAACUCCACUAGGGACAAGGGGGUAAUCUCUGUCCCUGGGUAC